AUGGGCAAAGGAUCUCGCUCUGCAGUGCAGGCUUCACCUGUCAGCCUCAAGGCCACCCCGCUCUCCUCACAGCACCACGCAAAGUUCCAGGAGGGCCUCUCUGUCAAGGAACCCAAGGAGAAGCUUCACUGGAAGGGCUUCUCCUCUUCGGCCAAGAACCGUGCUCUCUUUAAGACCUCGUACGACGACAUCAUGGAAGAGCCUCCUUACUUUUAUCUGAUCACCACCUACCUUUCCUACAUCAUCCUCUCUUUCUUUGGCCACGUCCGUGACUUUUACGGUUUCCGAUGGAACAAGAAGGCCUUUGCCCAUGUUAUGCCUUCCAACGGAUAUGCUGCUCUCACCUCCGACUGGGACUCGUUUUGGACUAGAAACUUGAAGAUGCGUAUCGAGGAUUGCUUCUCGAUCCCCACCACCCUCGUGCCCGGCAGAACCAUCAACAUGUUGGAGCGUGUCACCAAGGACUACUGCCGCACCUUCCAGUUCACAGGAAAGCUCAAGGAGGCCGUCAACCUGUCCUCCUACAAUUAUCUCGGUUUCGCUCAGUCGACUGGUCCCUGCGCGGAUGCCGUCGAAGAGGUCGUUCACACCUAUGGUUUAUCUUCUUGCGGAACCCGUCUUGAGGGUGGAUCGUCCGAUUUGCACACAAAGACCGAGGAGCUCGUUGCCGAGUUUGUGGGCAAGGAGGCCGCUCUCCUUGUCUCCAUGGGUUAUGCCACCAACAGUACUACCAUUGCCGGUCUCGCCUCCAAGGGCUCUCUCAUCAUCUCCGAUGAGCUCAACCACAACUCUCUUGUCUUUGGUGCCCGUCUCUCUGGCGCCUUUAUCCGUGUCUUCAGGCACAACGAUGCCGCCGAUCUCGAGUCUGUCCUCCGCGAUGCCAUCUCGCAGGGUCAGCCCAGAACUCACCGUCCCUGGAAGAACAUCUUGGUCAUUGUCGAGGGUCUUUACUCCAUGGAGGGUUCCAUUGUCAAGCUCCCUGAGAUCGUCGAGCUCAAGAAGAAGUAUAAGUUCCAUUUGUAUGUUGACGAGGCCCACUCUGUUGGUGCCAUUGGACCCCGCGGACGUGGUGUGUGUGAUUACUAUGGCGUUGACCCCGCUGAGGUCGAUAUUUUGAUGGGUACCUUCACAAAGUCGUUCGGUGCUUCUGGUGGAUACAUUAGCGCCAACAAGGAGAUCAUCGACCACUUGCGUCUUGCCAACCACUCUUCGGUCUAUGGAGAGUCCAUUUCGCCCAUUGUCCUUCAGCAAAUCUAUACUAGUAUGUGGUCGAUCAUGGGCCGUGAUGGCACCAGUGCUGGCCAGGAGCGUUUGAGCCGUCUUGCAUGGAACGCCCGUUACCUCGGCAGCAACUUGCGCAAGAUGGGAUUCAUCAUCUAUGGUGACCGUGACUCUCCCGUCAUCCCCCUUCUUCUCUUCAACCCCGCCAAGAUCCCCGCCUUCUCGCGUGAAUGUCGCAAGAGGGAUCUUGCCGUAGUUGUUGUUGGUUUCCCUGCCACAUCGAUUGUUGCCUCCCGUGCUCGUUUCUGUGUGUCGGCCUCGCACACCAAGGAGGACUUGGACUUUGUCCUCCGCGUUGUCUCUGAGGUCGGUGAUAUUUUGGGAUUGAAGAUGAGCAGCCGUCAGGCCUUGGAGAUGGGCAUGGAGGUUUAA